AAUCGUAGCCCCACUUUCCUCUCCUUUUUAUGCUUCUCCCUCGUCUUGCUUUCCACUUCACCCCAUUUCGCCAUUUUAGACACUAUACUAGAGCAGGACCAGAACAGGCUUUACCCUCUCUUCUCUGUUGCUCAUCUUCUCCUUUUUCUCUGUACAAGAAGAUGAAGAUGCAUUUCAAUGCCUUCGUCGUGGUCAUGAUUCUCGGUUCGUUUGCGAGUUCUCUCGCACAGGCACCGGCAGCCGCGCCAAAAGCCUCCCCACCGGCAUCUUCCCCUGCCCCUGUUUCGGUUCCUCCAUCCCCAACACCUACCGUUAGUCCUCCGUCACCAACACCAGCUCCGGUGUCUCCCCCCGCUUCCACCCCUUCUCCUUCGCCUUCCUCCCCAUCUCCUUCUCCCGUGUCGACACCAGCUUUGGCCCCUUCUCCAGUAUCUAAAACCCCAGCUUCAGCUCCAUCUCCCAAUUCCGUUGUCUCACCACCUCCAUCAUCUCCCUCGCCCUCCUCCAACACCCCAUCUGAAAGCCCAUCGGGAUCUCCAGCCGACAACAACUCAAACUCCGCUAUUGGUUCAUUGAACAGGGUCGCUGUCGCCGGAUCUGCACUGGUGGGCACAUUCGCCGCUGUUCUCUUGAUGUAGAUCUCUGCUGAUUCCGUCGUGAUCAUACGUUGUAUUGAUUAUUGGCUAUAGAUCUGUCGGUUCAUCUUGAUUUUCUUUUCUUUCUUUCAUUCAUUUUGUUUGCAUCAUGGACGUUCAUGUCCAUGGAGGUUCACAUUUUGCUGACUCGAUGAUCUUGGGUUUGUUGGGAGUUGGGAUACUAAUACACGCUAGUAAAGCUCAGCUCAUCUCAGCUGAUUCCUGAUUGGAUUGACUGGAUUAUCUAGAACGUGGUGGAUGAGUCGGAUCAUGUACAUGACAAAAGUUCAUAGUGAUGAAUAAAGCCCCUCUUCUUUUUAUUGGGUGUGAUGUGAGUGUGAUGUAUAUUUGAUUAUUUGUAGUGGGACCGCAGUGAUUUAAGCCGGACUCUUUUUUGUCUUGAA